AUGGGAACACGGGUAGCAGCCAUGGGGACACGGCCCGCGGAGAACCACACCUCCGUGCCGCCCAAGCAGGAUUGGAGGACUGUGGAGGAGAGGAAGAUCGACGAAUGGCUCCCGGUCACGGCAUCGAGGAAUGGAAAGUGGUGGUACUCGGCCUUCCACAAUGUCACAGCCAUGGUCGGCGCCGGCGUGCUCACCCUACCCUACGCCAUGUCUGAGCUCGGCUGGGGACCUGGCGUCGCGGUAAUGACUCUGUCAUGGAUCAUGACAUUGUACACGCUGUGGCAGAUGGUGGAGAUGCAUGAGAUGGUGCCCGGGAAGCGGUUCGACAGGUACCACGAGCUGGGGCAGUACGCGUUCGGCGAGACGCUCGGGCUGUGGAUCGUCGUGCCGCAGCAGCUCGUCGUCGAGAUAAGCUUGGACAUCGUGUACAUGAUCACCGGUGGCAAGUCGCUCAAGAAGUUCCACGACCUCGUCUGCGAAGACAGGUGCAAGGACAUAAAGCUCUCCUACUUCAUCAUGAUCUUUGCUUCCGCCCAGUUCGUCAUCUCCCAGCUCCCCAACUUCGACUCCAUCGCCACCAUCUCCCUCGCCGCCGCCCUCAUGUCGAUCUGCUACUCGACAAUUGCUUGGGGCGCCUCAGUGCACAAGGGGAAGGCGGACGAUGUGGACUACAGCCUACGGGCAUCCACUACCCCGGGGAUGGUGUUCGACUUCCUGGGAGGCCUGGGACAGAUGGCCUUCUCCUUCUCAGGCCAUAACGUCGUGCUGGAGAUCCAGGCCUCCAUCCCGUCGACGGCGGAGACGCCGUCCAAGAAGCCCAUGUGGAAGGGCGUCAUCGUGGCCUACACCACCGUCUUGCUCUGCUACUUCCCGGUUGCUUUCGUCGGUUAUUGGGCCUUCGGCAACAGCGUCGACGACAACAUCCUCAUCACCCUCAACACGCCCAAGUGGCUCAUCGCCGCCGCCAACAUGAUGGUCGUCGUCCAUGUCAUCGGUAGCUACCAGGUUUAUGCGAUGCCGGUGUUCGACAUGAUGGAGAUGGUGCUGGUGAGGAAGAUGCGUUUCUCUCCCGGUUGGAAGCUCCGUUUGGUUUCCCGAAGCCUCUUCGUUGCAUUCACAAUGUUCAUAGGCAUUACCUUCCCCUUCUUCGGUGGGCUUAUCGGAUUCUUCGGUGGGCUCGCCUUUGCGCCGACAACUUAUUUCCUUCCCUGCAUCAUCUGGCUCACGGUCUACAAGCCCAGGGUAUUCAGUCUCUCAUGGUGUGCCAACUGGUUCUGCAUCGUUGGUGGGGUGCUGCUGAUGGUGCUUGGGCUCAUUGGAGGGCUAAGGCAGAUCAUCAUGGAGGCCAAGGCAUACAAAUUCUACUCGUAGAUCACUAGUUGAUUGUUGCAAAGCUAUUGUAUAGACAAGUAGCAGAAUUUGAUGCAAUGCAUCAAUGUUGGCGUAGACCUACUAGAGGUUUCAUUUGCACGUACCUUCUCCUAGUGUUACCUCUUUGGAGCGACCUAAGUGUGGCAACCUGGCAACCACCCCUCCAAGGCACUCCUACCAUUUCAAAUAGACUGAAGUUCUAGGUUUGUUCAAAGUCUUUUUUCUUCUUCUUCUUCUGAUUU